AGGGAGGGAGAGAGAGAGAGGCAGCUGGAGUCUCACACACAACUGUAGUCAGUCUUGGAAUCUGAGCGCUGCCAAGAGGCGAGUACAGAAGCCAGCGUCGUACUUCCAUGAGGAUGACAUGCUCUCAGAAGAGCACAGGAGUCUGUUUUGUUAAGGGAAUCAAAGGAGGAUCAAAGGCGAUUCUACAAUGUCAGGGUUGCUGAUGUUGCCAUCUACAUCACUUUCAGUUCAGCGUUGCCCUCCGUUCUUAGCUUAUUCAUAAGGAGUCACUGUCGUCGUGCCGAUCGAUUGGCUGCAAUGAUAAUGAAUCACUUCCUCUGGCUGCUUCCACUGGUCUUUCCACACCUGAGCUCUCCGGUCAUAUUGCUAGAGAGGAGUGAUGGGAAUCUCUUUCACUGGAACCAUCUGAUGAAAGGAGAUAAAUUGGUGCUGCACAGAUCCAAAAGGGACUGGAUGUGGAGGCAGUUCUUCCUGUCGGAGGAAUACACAGGAAGUAACUAUCAGUACGUCGGCAAGCUUCGCUCAGACAAAGACAGAGGGGAUGGAACUGCCAGAUACGUUCUCUCUGGGGAAGGAGCAGGCACAAUUUUUCGUAUCGAUGAGAAGUCUGGGGAUUUACAUGCUACACAGAGACUGGACAGAGAGGAAAAGGCCUCUUACACACUGCAGGCCCAGGCUUUCAACAAGAUCACGGGCCUCCCUCUGGAGCCUGCCACUGAAUUCAUUGUCAAGAUACAUGACAUCAAUGACAAUGAGCCCAAAUUUACCAAGGCUGUCUACACUGCCAGUGUACCUGAAAUGUCAGACGUCGGUACGUUUGUAAUAGAAGUCAAUGCCACUGAUGCGGAUGAUGCCACAUAUGGGAACAGUGCCAAACUAGUGUACAGUAUCCUGCAAGGGCAGCCCUACUUCUCUGUGGAGCCCGAGACAGGAAUUGUCAGAAUAGCUCUUUCUAAUAUGGACCGUGAAGUGCGCAAGGAGUAUCAGGUGGUUAUACAAGCCAAAGACAUGGCAGGACAGAUGGGUGGUCUGUCAGGAACCACCAUGGUCAACGUCACCCUUACAGAUGUUAACGACAGCCCGCCACGUUUCGCAUACAGUUCUUACCACCUAAGCACUUAUGAGUCAGCAGAAAUCGGAUCAACUGUGGGUCGAAUCAAAGCCAACGAUGGUGACGAGGGGGAAAACGCCGAAAUGAAAUACAGAAUUGUAGAUGGAGAUGGCAAAGAAUAUCUCGAUAUAAUAACAGAUGAGAUAUCCCAGGAGGGUGUUAUCGUUGUCAAGAAGAAACUGGACUAUGAAAGCAAGCGCGUUUACACAGUGAAAGUGGAGGUGACUAACACACACCAGGACCCCAACUUCACUGAUCAGGGCCCUUUCUUAGACACAGCCAUCGUGAAAGUCACGGCCAAGGAUGUAGAUGAGCCUCCUGUCUUCAGCAGACCUCAGUACGUCUUUGAGGUCAAUGAGGACACACCUAAAGGAAUAGCGAUUGGAACCAUUACAGCCUGGGACCCUGAUGCCACACAUUACCCAAUCCAAUAUGCAAUAGAUCAACACACAGACCCAGAGAGACUCUACCACAUCGACCCCAAGAACGGAUCCAUCACAAUUCUUAAGUCUCUUGACAGGGAAGUGUCAAAGUGGCACAACAUCUCAGUCCUGGCCAGUGAAAUAAAUAACCCUCAUCAAAGAAGCCGCGUCCCUGUCUUGAUAAAGGUUUUGGAUGUGAAUGACAAUGCGCCGGAAUUUGCCAUGAUUUAUGAGACAUUUGUGUGUGAGAAUGUCAAAGCCGGGCAGCUCAUACAGACUAUCAGUGCCAUCGACACAGACGAUCCUCUUGUGGGUCACAAAUUUGUAUUCAGCUUGAGUUCAAUGAAUCCAAACUUCACCAUCUUUGAUAAUGAAGAUAACACAGCCAGAAUCCUGACCAGAAGAAGUGGAUUUAACAGGCGUGAAAUGAGUGUCUACUAUCUGCCAGUAGUUAUCUCCGACAGCGACUACCCCAUCCAGAGCAGCACCAGCACGUUGACCAUUCGCGUGUGCAGUUGUGACGCCACUGGCAACAUGCGUUCCUGCAGCGUCGACGCAUUGCUGCUCUCUGCUGGCCUCAGCACCGGGGCGCUAGUGGCGAUACUUCUCUGUAUCCUCAUCCUGCUUAUGAUUGUGGUGCUGUUCUCGGCUCUAAAGAAGCAGAGGAGGAAGGAACCGCUGAUCAUCUCCAAAGAGGACGUCAGGGAUAACGUAGUCAGCUACAACGACGAGGGCGGAGGCGAGGAGGACACGCAGGCCUUCGACAUCGGCACGCUGCGCCACCCGGAGGUGAUCGAAAGCAACAAACUGCGCCGAGACAUCAUCCCCGAGAUGCUGUUUCCCUAUCACAGACCCUCACCCAUGAAGGAGUGCGCCGAUGUCAGAGACUUCAUUAUUAGCAGACUACAAGAAAAUGACACAGACCCUUUCGCGCCUCCCUAUGACUCUCUCGCCACUUACGCUUAUGAGGGCAAUGGAUCAAUCGCUGAGUCACUGAGCUCUCUGGAGUCCUCUGUGACUGAGGGAGACCAUGAAUAUGAUUACCUCUCUAACUGGGGCCCGCAGUUUAAAAAGCUCGCUGACAUGUACAUCGGGAAGGAUACGGGAGUUGCCAACUAGGCUGCCGUUCAAUGACAUUCAUAUUCUCUGUAUGUACGCUCGGAUCUCACUCUGCGCUCUGAGGCAUAACUUGAAAGAAAAAAGGAUACUUCACAAGUCCUCUUUCCUUGUUUUUUAUCAACACAAGCUGAAUUUCACUUUUAUGAUGGAUUUUUUGUGGACGGUGUUGUGGUAAGGUGAUUUUGUGUUAAUAGGAGAAGUGAUGGUGAUUUAGUUUUUUUUUUGUUUGUUUGUUUGUUUAUUAAGAAAAAAAAAACACUUGAAUGAGGAGCAAAAUGAAUGGAGGAUUUUAUGACUUUAAAUACAUGGACAGUGACAAGACUGUCUUUGUCUUGUAACUGAUUGUAAAGGACUCUUCCCUGUUCCUCUUCCUUGAUGGUGGCCUAUCCUACAUCACAAAUCACAUCGUGCUACAAUUAUUCUUUUUAUUUAUUUUUUUGUUCUGAAUAGUGCCCACCUACAAAAAAAAAAUCUCCAACUUUCCUACUUUUUCGUAACACAUUAUCAUUAUUGUUAAUAUUUAUUUAUUUAUUUGUUUGUUUAUUUUUAAUUUAGUUACAGGGAAUGUUAACUGAAGCCUUUAAUCCUCAAAAAAUAUGCAAAACGUAAAAAUAUAAGCCGUCUAUUGAAUUUGUGAAACUAUAUUUCAUGUCUUUCAAAAUCAUUUGAUGCUUUGUGUGAACAUAAAUUUGAGUCCAUCUUUAAGAAUUUGAAUAUAUUUUGCCUAAUUCACUUCACAAAAUUGGUUUGAAUGAUUCAUUCACAAAUUAGAUAUAUCUGGUUCUCAAAAUCUAUUCACUGGCGGGUCUCCUGGUCUAAAGUCUAAAGGCAAUGGCCCAGUUUUUAUAUUUAUAUAUUUUAUAAAAUUUUUAGAAAAUGUAGUAGAAAAUGCGCCUCUGGGUGCGUCCAGACUUUGCUUAUUACAAGACAGGGAUGCGCAGCAGGACACAUGCCAGAUAUUAAAAACUAAAAGAUUACAGUGUAAAAGAAUAUUAUUGCGUAGACUACAUAUAUAAAAGCUGUAAUGAUGGACAGUCAUUGCUUGCAUCAGAAUUAGCUUCAGUGAUGCGUUUACCUUUUUCCGUCAACUAACUGGCGCAAACUCAACUCAAUCUUAAAGGGAAUGGGAGAUGAGACUCUGAUUGGUUGCACGUUACGCCCAAAACACACCAAUUAUUAUUAAGAGAAAAGGGACAACACAUUUCGACUAUGCGCCCCGGCACACGGACAGUUUUCCAUUUUCACCAUGUGCUUUAGACUUUGCGUUUAGACUGUUAAAAUAGGACCCUUAGUGCGUAUGUCACACAAAGCUAACGUUUGACUUCAGAAGUCUUAUAAUAUCGCAAACAAGUAAUGUAUGCAUUCUUUUAUGGUGCUUUUGCUACAUUUUUUGAAUCUUGAAAGCUUCAAUUCACAUUCAUGGUAACUAGAAGAGAGCAAUUAGGAAAGUCUUUGGAAAACAUGCUCCACAAAAAAGUAGGUUGAGUAAAGAAUCAGAAUGUUCAUUUUUGGCUUUACUGUUUCUUUAACAGGACAAAGAGGGAUUUUCAGUUAUAUUGUCUACAUCUAAAUCUGAGUGGAGAAAUGUUUCAUCACAGACUCGGCCUCUCUACACAUCUUGUGAAGUGCUCCCUUGUUGAAACAUAAUUGCAGCAUUAUCAUUACAGCACUGAAAGCUUACAGAGGAACAGGGGAGUAUUUCUACAUCUGUAUGAGAUGUAGUCCAAUUCAACUUCAUUUGCUUGCGUGAAGUUUGCUUAAUUUGCAAAACUGCAGGUUACACUGAAAUCAAACAGGAAUGCUGCAGUACACUGAGCUUGUGUGAAUGAAUGUUGUCAAAGUGUUUUAUAUUCACAUUUUUUAAGUAUAUAUUUUAAUAAAAAAAAUGAAUGCA